UUUCUUGCUUUGAGACUUCUGUUGUUUGGUCUGUUGCAUAUAUAGACUUUACAAGUUCCAAAUCGAACUCAUUAGUUUUAGACUGCAUGCAUGUCAGUCUAUUAACAUGCCAAAAUCUCCAUAUUAUUGCCAUUUUUUGAGAUGUAUAAUUAUAUAUUUGCAAGCUAAUUUGAUAAGUAUCAGCUGAAAAAGGUUAAAGUUAAGUGAUUCUAUUGAAGAACCUGGAGAAUUAAAGCAUGUUAGAAUCAAGAAUCAGUUAACUGUUCCUUCUUCAUGAGAAAACAAAGUGGUACAAAUUUCCUCGAAUUGAAGACUGCGUGGCUGCAGCCAAUGUCGCGCUGCUUGUGGGAGGAUGCCAGCAUCAUUGUCUUUCUUGGAUUCCUCGGAAUCUUACUGCUGGAUUCACUGCUAUGCAAAUGCAAAAAGAAGGUUAUGACAGUUGAUCAGAAGUACACUGUUGGAACAGAAGUCCGUGCGUCCUACUCCUACAUAUUGAGCAUCAUUUGCACGACUAUAUUAUCGUGCACUCAUCUCAUAAUGCUCUUGAUAUUGCAAAAGAGAAAUGGUGCUCACUGCCAAUUCAGAUUUCCAGUUCUUUCCUCUGAGAUUCUGCAAUCAACAUCAUGGGCGGUCUCAUUUUUCGUGCUUUACAGAACUCGGAGUAGGAAAUACAUCAAGUUUCCUUGGGUCCUUAGAAUCUGGUGGAUUUCCAGCUUCUUUCUGUCUAUUGCUCGUGCGACUAUAGAUGCCCAUUUUGUCAUCACAAGUGACGAACAUCUAGGACUUGCAGACUAUGUGGACAUCAUUGGUCUUAUUGCAUCUGCCUGUCUUCUUGGUAUCUCAAUCAGAGGGAAGACAGGCAUAAUUCUUGACAUCUCGGACAGUACAACCGAACCACUUUUAAAUGGGAAGAAUGAAAAGCAUCCAGCAGACAAAAGGGACAGUCCAUAUGGAAAAGCUAGUCUUCUCCAACUGAUCACCUUCUCUUGGCUCAAUCCACUAUUUGAAGUUGGAAUCAAGAAGCCCCUUGACCAAGAUGAAGUCCCUGAUAUUGACUUCAGGGACUCUGCAAAAUUUCUAUCUGAUUCCUUUGAUGAAAGACUGAAGUACGUAAAGGAAAAGGAUGGAGCCACAAAUCCAUCUAUCUAUAAGGCAAUUUAUGUAUUUGCAAGGAAGAAAGCAGCAAUCAACGCGCUCUUUGCAGUUAUUAGUGCAGGAUCAUCUUAUGUUGGUCCAUACCUUAUGGAUGACUUUGUAAAUUUCCUCAAUGAAAAGAAACUUCGAGGGUUACAAAGUGGCUAUCUUUUAGCACUAGCUUUUUGUUGUGCAAAAAUGGUUGAGACAACAACACAAAGGCAGUGGAUGUUUGGAGCUCGGCAACUAAGCCUUCGGCUCAGAGCUGCUCUGAUAUCUCACAUUUACCAAAAGGGCCUAGCUUUAUCAAGUCAAUCACACCAAAGCUACACCAGUGGAGAGAUAAUCAACUACAUGAGUGUAGAUGUCGAAAGGAUUACAGAUUUUAUAUGGCACCUUAACUCAAUAUGGAUGUUACCGAUCCAGAUAUCAUUGGCAAUCUAUGUUUUACACAUGAAUCUAGGGAACGGGGCACUUGUGGCGUUAGGGGCAACCCUGAUAGUGAUGACCGCCAACGUGCCCCUGACAAGGAUCCAAAAGGGAUAUCAAACUAAGAUAAUGGAAUCCAAGGAUGAAAGAAUGAAAUCUACUUCAGAGAUUCUGCGAAAUAUGAAGACUAUUAAACUUCAGGCAUGGGAUAGUUAUUAUCUCCAGAAGCUGGAAAUCUUAAGAAAGGUGGAACAUAAUUGGCUAUGGAAAUCACUAAGAUUGUCAGCCCUAUCCGAUUUUUUCUUCUGGGGAUCACCUGCAUUUAUUUCUGUGGCAACUUUUUCCGGAUGUGUUAUGAUGGGCAUUCCACUGACUGCAGGCCGAGUCUUAUCUGCAUUGGCCACAUUUCGGAUGCUUCAAGAUCCUAUAUUCAAUUUGCCAGAUUUGCUAAAUGUCAUAGCACGAGGAAAAGUUUCUGCUGAUAGAGUUGCUUCCUACCUGCAGGAAGAUGAGAUUCAACCCGAUGCAGUUGAAUUUGUUCCUAAAGCUGAAACGCAAUAUGGGGUUGAGAUAAAGAGUGGGAGAUUCAGCUGGGACACAGAAUCAGGAACUCCCCCAACCCUUGAUGGAAUAGAAUUACAAGCUAAGAGGGGAAUGAAGGUGGCAAUUUGUGGCACUGUUGGAUCAGGGAAGUCAAGCUUGCUCUCUUGUGUACUAGGAGAGAUGCCAAAAUUGUCAGGGAACGUGAAGAUCAGUGGUGAAGUGGCAUAUGUUCCUCAGUCUCCUUGGAUACUUAGUGGAAAUAUCAAGGAGAAUAUUCUAUUUGGAAAACCUUAUGAGAGUGUCAAGUAUGACAGAACAGUUGAAGCAUGCGCGCUGAAAAAAGAUUUUGAACUAUUCCCUGCCGGUGAUCUUACAGAAAUUGGAGAAAGAGGGAUAAAUAUGAGCGGAGGUCAGAAGCAAAGAAUACAAAUCGCUCGUGCAGCUUACCAAGAUGCUGAUAUAUAUCUUCUUGAUGACCCUUUCAGUGCCGUUGAUGCUCACACAGGCACGCACCUCUUUCAGGAGUGCUUGAGGGGGGUUCUCAAGGACAAGACCAUACUUUAUGUUACACACCAAGUUGAGUUUCUUCCUGCAGCAGAUCUCAUUCUGGUGAUGCAAAAUGGAAGAAUUGCACAAGCUGGAACUUUUGAGGAACUACUGAAACAAAAUAUUGGAUUUGAAGUUCUAGUUGGAGCACACAACCAGGCUUUAGAAUCAAUUUUAACAGUUGAAAGCUCAAGUAGAGUAUCUGAAGAAGCAAUUACUGGUAGUGAUAUGGAUACAGAUAGUAACAUAAAUACAGAAACUAAGCAGGAUUCAGAACACAGUCUCUGUGUAGAGAUAACAGAAAAAGAUGGAAGACUUGUGCAGGAUGAGGAGAGAGUAAAAGGAAGCAUUGGAAAGGAAGUUUACUAUUCUUACUUGACCACCGUAAAAGGUGGUUCCUUUGUUCCAAUAAUUCUUAUAGCGCAAUCAUCAUUUCAAGUGCUUCAGAUAGCCAGCAACUACUGGAUGGCAUCGGCAUGUCCCACAGGUGAUGAUGCAGCACCAAUAGCUGAGAAGAUGAACUUCAUACUUUUUGUUUUUGUGCUUCUCGCUGUUGGAAGUUCCCUUUGCGUGCUAGUGCGGGCAUCAUUUGUUGCUAUAAUAGGCCUUCAAACAGCAGAAAAGCUCUUUAGCAACAUGCUGCACAGCAUCCUUCGUGCUCCUAUGUCAUUCUUUGACUCUACUCCUACUGGACGAAUCUUAAACCGCGCAUCCACAGAUCAAAGUGUUGUGGACUUGGAAAUUGCACUCAAGUUGGGUUGGUGUGCUCUCUCCAUUAUUCAGCUUCUUGGGACAAUUGCUGUCAUGUCGCAGGUUGCAUGGGAAGUAUUUGUCCUCUUUAUUCCAAUAACAGCAGUUUAUGUCUGGUACCAGCAAUACUACAUACCAACUGCAAGGGAACUUGCUCGUUUAUCUGGAGUUCAAAGAGCUCCGAUCCUCCAUCACUUUGCAGAAUCACUGGCAGGAGCAGCAACAAUUCGCGCUUUCAACCAAAAAGAUCGCUUUGCUCAUGCAAACCUAAGUCUCAUAGAUGGUCAUUCGAGGCCAUGGUUCCACAAUAUAUCAGCACAAGAAUGGCUAUCUUUUAGACUGAAUCAGCUAUCUACUUUUGUUUUUGCCUUCUUCCUUGUUCUGCUAGUCACACUCCCCGAAGGAAUUAUAAAUCCAAGCAUUGCAGGAUUAGCAGUAACAUAUGGCAUCUAUUUGAACUAUUCACAAGCUGCAGUAAUAUGGAAUAUUUGUGGUGCUGAAAACAAAAUGAUAUCAGUUGAAAGGAUUCUCCAGUAUUCAGACCUUGCGAGUGAAGCACUCCUCGUGAUUGAAAAUUGCAGACUAUCAAGCACCUGGCCAGAAACUGGAACAAUUUCCUUCCAAAGUUUACAGAUACGUUAUGCUGAACACCUCCCUUCUGUUUUGAAAAACAUUACAUGCACAUUUCCGGGAAGUAAGAAAGUUGGUGUUGUGGGAAGGACAGGAAGUGGUAAAUCAACCCUCACUCAAGCCCUUUUCCGGAUCGUAGAACCCAAAGAAGGAAGCAUUAUCAUUGACAAUAUAGAUAUUUGCAAGAUAGGUCUUCAUGAUUUGAGGUCAAGGCUUAGUAUUAUUCCUCAAGAACCAACAAUGUUCGAUGGAACAGUUAGAGGAAACCUAGAUCCUCUAGUACAGCACUCUGAUACUGAAAUCUGGGAGGCUCUGGACAAAUGCCAACUUGGUGAUAUAAUACGUGCAAAGCCAGAAAAGCUAGAAUCUACAGUGGUUGAAAACGGAGAAAACUGGAGUGUGGGUCAAAGGCAGCUUUUCUGUCUCGGACGAGCCUUGCUAAAGAAAAGUAGCAUUCUCGUUCUAGAUGAAGCAACAGCAUCAGUUGAUGCUGCAACUGAUGCAGUGUUACAAAAGAUCAUCAGUCAAGAGUUCAGAAAUCGAACAGUUAUCACAGUAGCUCACAGGAUCCAUACAGUCAUUAAUAGUGAUCUUGUCUUAGUCUUGAAUGAAGGAAGAAUAGCUGAAUAUGACUCACCAGCAAAGCUAUUGGAAAGAGAGGAUUCUUUCUUCUCAAAACUGAUAAAGGAGUAUUCCAUGAGAUCAAAAAGUUUAAACGGCUUAGCAAAAUUACAGACUUGAUUUCGCUUCACACAUUUUCCAGAGGCAGCAGUAGAAGAAAGAUAUCAUAUCGGAGAGCUAAAGGUUUUAUUAAAAGUUGAAGCAGGUUUAUAUCAGCCUCAGCUACAAGCCUACUGCAGAGAUCAACUAAGUGACUAGAAAUGCUUUUAUCACUAGUCAUAGGGAGUUGAAAUUUUGUAUGCUUGUUUCAGUAUAGUAAAUAAAAUUCUCCAUUUUAGAGAACACUGUACACAAAAUGAAGAAUACAUCUCCCUAGCAUUAAAAUUCU